AUGGCAGGCAAGAAGAAAGAAACCCAGCUCCAGGCCAUAAUAACCAAUCAAAACCAGUGGGAUGAAAUGUUGCUGACAAAAGGUGUAGUAGUAAUAGAUGUGUAUCAAGCUUGGUGUGGUCCUUGCAAAGCUGCGGUGAAUUUAUUCAGAAAACUGAAGAACGAGUUUGGCGAAGAUGAUGUGUUGCAUUUUGCAGUGGCAGAGGCUGACAGCAUUCCGACUCUGCAACCAUUUAGGAAUAAAUGUGAACCUGUGUUUCUUUUCUGUGUUAAUGGCAAAAUUAUUGCAAUAGUGAGAGGUGUAAAUGGUCCUCUUAUAAGUAAGAAAAUAACAGAGCUAGUGCAAGAAGAGAGGGAAAUUGCAGCUGGAAAGAAGGAACGCGCCAAGGUAGAUGAACUUGUUUUCCUAGAAGAGAAAUCAUCAGAAGAGACUGUUGAGGAGAAUGAGGGUACUUUCCCAGAAGAAGUUGUCAGAUAUUCUGUUGGAAUUAUAAAACCUGAUGAUGUCUUAGAGGGACGCGUGGAGGAAAUUAAACAAAAGAUUAGAGAUGCAGGAUUUGGCAUUGAAGCAGCAGAGGAGAAAAUGUUAACUGAAGAGCAAAUCAGAGUAUUCUAUGCCCGGAAUAAAGAACAGCCUGAUUUUGAUGAUUUUGUUCAAUUCAUGAUGAGUGGACCAUGCCACGUUUUGGUAAUCACUAAAAAAGAAGCAACUGAUGCUAUUCCUCACUGGAAAGAACUACGGAAAUCGAGUAAGGGUGUGCCUGAUGAGCCUGAGAAGCCAGACAGUUUGGAAGGAACCAUGGAAACUGAGAGUAUAUUAAAUAUAUGUGAUGUCGAAGACAGUAUAGAAGAUGCCAGCAGGCAACUUGCCUUCUUUUUCCCAAAUUUUGAUAGAAAGAACACAGACCAAAAAGUUGAAAAGACUUUGGCCUUAAUUAGACCUUCUCUCUUAAAGGAAAGACGGCAUUCUAUCAUGCAAAGAAUAAAGGAUGAUGGAUUCCAAAUAGCAAUGCAGAAAGAAAUAAUCCUCUCUGAAGAACAGACACGUGAAUUUUACAAAGAGCAUGAAAAUCAAGACUACUUCCCAAUCCUUCUAGAGCAAAUGACCAGUGGUCCAACUCUUGUACUUGCUCUAACACGAGAAAAUGCUGUAGCACACUGGAGAGAUUUAUUAGGCCCAAAGACUGUUGAAGAGGCGAAGAAGGAAAAUCCGAACAGUUUACGUGCAAAGUAUGCAGUCAACAACGUACCUAUUGGUCAACUGCAUGGUAGUUCUACACCCAGUGACGCUCAGAAGGAAUUACAGUUCUUCUUCCCUCAGGAGCACACACUGGCAUUAAUCAAACCUGCUGCUGCUAAGCAACAUAAAGGUGACAUUAUGCAAAAAGUUAAAGAUGCUGGAUUUACCAUCUCAAAGAUUAAAGAAGAAGCUUUAACUCGUGAAAUGGCUACACAGUUUUACAAGGAUCACAAAGGAAAACCCUUUUUUGAAGAGUUAGUGACUUGUAUGACUGAGGGCCCAUCGGUGAUAAUGAUCUUAACAAAGGAAAAUGCUGUGGAAGAGUGGAGGCAGCUAAUAGGUCCAACCGAUCCAGAAGUGGCAAAAGAGACCUCUCCUGAAUCAAUUCGAGCUCACUUUGCACAAGAUAUUUUGUCUAAUGCUGUUCAUGGAUCAUCUAAUAGAGAACAUGCACUGAAAAGCAUUGAAUGUGUAUUUGGAGAGAUUGAUACAGACUGA